UGGCUUUAACCCGCCAAGAAGAGGGACCUUUGCUGCUGGUGUUUCUCAGGCCACCCAAGAGAGGACCCCGGGUGUUGGAGGAGUGAGCCCAGGAUGCCCCCCGGGGUCGACUGCCCCAUGGAAUUCUGGGCCCAGGAGGAGAGCCAGAACGUGGCUGUGGACUUCCUGUUGCCUACAGGAGUGUACCUCAACUUCCCCGUGUCCCGAAAUGCCAACCUCAGCACCAUCAAGAAGGUGCUGUGGCGCCGCGCGCAGUACGAGCCGCUCUUCCACAUGCUCAGCGGCCCCGAGGCCUACGUGUUCACCUGCGUCAACCGCACGGCCGAGCAGCAGGAGCUGGAGGACGAGCAGCGGCGCCUCUGCGACAUCCAGCCCUUCCUGCCCGUGCUGCGCCUCGUGGCCCGCCAGGGCGACCGCGCCAAGAAGCUCGUCAACUCGCAGAUCAGCCUGCUCAUCGGCAAGGGCCUCCACGAGUUCGACUCCCUGCAAGACGCUGAGGUCAACGACUUCCGAGCCAAGAUGCGGCAGCUGUGCGAGGAGGCGGCGGCGCGCCGGCAGCAGCUGGGCUGGGAGGCCUGGCUGCAGUACAGCUUCCCGCUGCAGCUGGAGCCGGCGGCGGCGCGCGGCUGGGGGCCCGGCACCCUCCACCUGCCCAGCAGGGCCCUCCUGGUCAACGUCAAGUUCGAGGGCAGUGAGGAGAGCUUCACCUUCCAGGUGUCCACCAAGGAUGCGCCCCUGGCGCUCAUGGCGUCGGCCCUGCGCAAGAAGGCCACGGUGUUCCGGCAGCCGCUGGUGGAGCAGCCCGAGGACUAUGCGCUGCAGGUGAACGGCAGGCACGAGUACCUGUACGGCAGCCACCCGCUCUGCCGGUUCCAGUAUAUCUGCAGCUGCCUGCACAGUGGGCUGACCCCCCACCUCACCAUGGUGCACUCCUCCUCCAUCCUGGCCAUGCGGGACGAGCAGGGGGACCUCGCCCCCCAAGUCCAGAAGCAACGUGCCAAGCCGCCCCCCAUCCCCUUGAAGAAGCCCUCCUCCUCGUGUCUGUGGUCCCUGGAGCAGCCCUUCUACGUGGAGCUGAUCCAAGGCAGCAAAGUGAAUGCAGACGAGCGCAUGAAGCUGGUGGUACAGGCUGGCCUCUUCCAUGGCCAUGAGCUGCUGUGCAAGCCGGUGGCGAGCUCCGAGGUGACCGUGUGCUCAGAACCCGUGUGGCGGCAGCGGCUGGACUUCGACAUAAGCGUGGGCGACUUACCCCGCAUGGCCCGCCUGUGCUUCGCACUCUAUGCCGUCAUCGAGAAGGCCAGGAAGGCGCGGUCCACCAAGAAGAAGGCAAAGAAGGCGGACUGCCCCAUCGCCUGGGCCAACCUCAUGCUGUUUGAUUACAAGGACCAGCUCAAGACAGGGGAGCACUGUCUCUACAUGUGGCCCUCGGUGCCAGACGAGAAAGGGGAGCUGCUGAACCCGGCGGGAACUGUGCGCAGUAACCCCAACACAGAGAGUGCUGCCGCCCUGGUCAUCUCCCUCCCUGAGGUGGCCCCUCACCCCGUGUACUAUCCUGCCCUGGACAAAAUCCUGGAGCUGGGCUGCCACGGCGAGCGAGGGCACUUCACGGAGGAGGAGUACCUGCAGCUGCGGGAGAUCCUGGAGCGCCGGGGUUCCGGGGAGCUGUACGAGCACGAGAAGGACCUGGUGUGGAAGAUGCGGCACGAGGUGCAGGAGCACUUCCCCGAGGCGCUGGCCCGGCUGCUGCUGGUCACCAAGUGGAACAAGCACGAGGACGUGGCCCAGAUGCUCUACCUGCUGCGCUCCUGGUCCGAGCUGCCCGUCCUCAGCGCCCUGGAGCUGCUGGACUUUAGCUUCGCCGACCGCCAUGUGGGCUCCUUCGCCAUCAGGUCGCUGCGGAAACUGACGGACGACGAGCUCUUCCAGUACCUGCUGCAGCUGGUGCAGGUGCUCAAGUACGAGUCGUACCUGGACUGCGAGCUGACCAAGUUCCUGCUGGAGCGCGCCCUGGCCAACCGCAAGAUCGGCCACUUCCUCUUCUGGCACCUUCGCUCCGAGAUGCACGUGCCCUCCGUGGCGCUGCGCUUCGGCCUCAUCCUGGAAGCCUACUGCCGGGGCAGCACGCACCACAUGAAGGUGCUGAUGAAGCAGGGGGAAGCGCUGAGCAAGCUCAAGACCCUCAACGACAUCGUCAAGGUAAACUCGCAGAAGACCACCAAGCCCCAGACCAAGGAGCUCAUGCAUCUGUGCAUGCGCCAGGAGGCCUACCUGGAGGCGCUGUCCCACCUGCAGUCCCCGCUGGACCCCAGCACCCUGCUGGCCGAAGUCUGUGUGGACCAGUGCACCUUCAUGGACUCCAAGAUGAAGCCGCUCUGGGUGGUGUACAGCAACGAGCAGGCGGGUGGCCAUGGCAGCGUGGGCCUCAUCUUCAAGAACGGGGACGACCUCCGCCAGGAUAUGCUGACCCUGCAGAUGAUCCAGCUCAUGGACGUUUUGUGGAAGCGAGAAGGGCUGGACCUGAGGAUGACGCCCUACGGCUGCCUGUCCACGGGGGACCGCACGGGCCUCAUCGAGGUGGUGCUGCGCUCCGACACCAUCGCCAACAUCCAGCUCAACAAGAGCAACAUGGCCGCCACGGCCGCCUUCAACAAGGACGCGCUGCUCAACUGGCUCAAGUCCAAGAACCCCGGGGAGGCCCUGGACCGGGCCAUUGAGGAGUUCACCCUCUCCUGUGCCGGCUACUGUGUGGCCACCUACGUGCUGGGCAUCGGCGACCGGCACAGUGACAACAUCAUGGUCCGGGAGAGCGGGCAGCUUUUCCACAUAGACUUCGGCCACUUUCUGGGGAACUUCAAGACCAAGUUUGGGAUCAACCGGGAGCGGGUCCCCUUCAUCCUCACCUACGACUUCGUGCACGUGAUCCAGCAGGGCAAGACCAACAACAGUGAGAAGUUUGAGAGGUUCCGGGGCUACUGCGAGCGGGCCUACACCAUCCUGCGGCGCCACGGGCUGCUCUUCCUGCAUCUCUUUGCCCUGAUGCGGGCCGCGGGCCUACCCGAGCUCAGCUGCUCCAAAGACAUCCAAUACCUCAAGGACUCCCUGGCUUUGGGGAAGACAGAGGAGGAGGCACUCAAGCACUUCCGGGUCAAGUUCAACGAGGCGCUGCGGGAGAGCUGGAAGACCAAGGUGAACUGGCUCGCACACAACGUGUCCAAAGACAAUCGCCAAUAGCAGGCCCGGCCGCCCACGGGCCCAAGAACCUCCUCGACUGCCUUGUUUACAUGUUCUUCGUGACUUGAAGUUCAUCAGGAAGGAA